AUUUUAUUUUAUUUUUUCUUUAAAAGUAUAACAUUAAAAAUGUCGUUUUUUUUUAAAAAGACUAAAUCUGAAAAGACAGAUGCGUCAUUAGAUUAUCAAACGAUCAUUAAUGACUUGAAUACCGUCGUUGAAUCAAAUACAAAUUUAGACAUUGAUUAUUUUAUACAAAAGGAAAACAUUCAUCUUCAACAUCAAGAAUACUAUCAGGAAAUUAAAAAUGAAAGAGAAAUAUCAAAAUAUCUUAAAAAUGAUUGUGAAUAUACUUCAGAAGAUGCACGUCAAUAUGUGAAUAAUUUGAUUAAAUUAUCAAAUUCUAUGCCUGAUAUGAAAGCUAUGAUAAUUGAAAAUAAUGAUAAAGUGAGCAAGUCAAUAUUAGAAAACAAACAGUCUAUUGAUAAUAUUGAAUCAACUCUUCAAGUAUUAUAAUAAACCUUCUAUAAAUGCUGAUGAAAAAUUAAGUUACAAUAUAAAUCAAAAGAAUAAAACAUGAAGAGCUACCAUAUGCUAUGUACAUAUAAAGGGCGUGGUUAUGUUUAUCUUAAUAGCUCUUAUCUACCUUUGCUGUACUACUAAUCUUUUUCAUUGAAUAAUUUAACAAAUACUAUGAUGAAAAAAUCAGCUGUAGACAAAGUUUGUGACUAAUCAAAUACUUUAGCUCUGCUAACUUCAUGCUAUUUUACUUGCUCUAAAAAAAGCAUAUACAUUCUUUUCUUUAUUAAGAUUAUGUUAUUUAAAUAUAUAUUAAUAUUAGCAAAUGAUGAAUCAAGA